GCACAGGACUUCCUAGUGACUUUGCAUUUAGCUCCACAACCAAAUCCCAAUAAGUUUCGGAGUGCACGGGGGGUGGAGGAGCGAGAAGCCUGGAGCACCUCCGUGUUUUUGCGCUGCGUCGUGCGUAAAAAGGAUCCUCUUUAUUUACCUGUUGAUGAGGUCCCACCGGCUGUGGGACGCACAGAGAAGAGAAGUCUGAGAAAAAGGUGCAGGGCAACACACCGACACUUCAGUGGCCAGGAAGAGAGCAGGACCUCGGGGUUUUUUCUCUUCACUUUCCCCCAGCAUUUGCAGCCUGAGCUGGGUUGGUGGAAAAUGGGCACUCCGACCACCAAGAUCUUUGGACUUAUCCUCUCCUUGAUACUCUCAUGCCAGCUGGUUACUGUGACUCAGGCCUCCAAGGUGUGGGGAGAGGUUCCUCUGCCAGAGGACUUGGAGGCGGAGAAAGACGUCCAGGCGUCUCCGAGCUUACUGGACGAUGACGAGGACUUCGCUGCAGAUGAAGCUUCGGGAGAUCUGCCCAGUGGAGAGGAUGAUGGAAGCACACCGUGGACUGAGAGCACAGUUUAUUUCAGAGCUCUCGUCAACUUCACCGACUCCCUGGUCUACAGCCCUGAGCUCGAGGACAUCUACUCUCCAGCCUUUAAUGAGAUCUCUGAAGCAGUGGUGGACACGCUGGAGUCGGAGUACAACCGGUUUCCAGGUGUCCAGACAGUCAGCGUGGUCCUCAUUAAGAAGAUGGUGAGAGAAGAUGGCGUGGACGUGUUUGUGGAGUUGGACGUGGGCUCCGAGUACAACAGCAAUAGCGAACAGAUCCGCAGCGUGCUGUACAGCGUGGUGAAGGAGGGAGCCAUCGCUUCCUACGUCACGUCAGUCCAGGGCUUUCAGUUCCGACGACUAGGGGAAGUAACCCCCAGCAUCAGGCAGUGCAUGCCAGAUGAGCACAGGUGUGGUGACGGGACAUGUAUCCUGAUGGAAUACCUGUGUGACAAUAGACCAGACUGCAGAGACAUGAGUGAUGAGACCAACUGUGAAGUAAAACUGCCACCUCCAGUCUACACCACCCCUCCGACCACCACCACCACCACCUCCACCACCAUCAUCAUCAGGAAGCCCGAGCGGAUCCCAGGCCCACCUGGACCCUGUAGAGCUGAUCAGGCCACGUGCCAGAGCGGAGAAUGUAUCCCCCGGGACUACAUCUGUGACGGGGAGAGGGACUGCUCGGACGGAAGCGACGAGUUCCGAUGUGGUACUCCAUCUCCCUGUGAACCCAACGAGUUCAAGUGUAGAAAUGGCCGCUGCGCCCUCAAGCUUUGGCGUUGUGAUGGAGACAAUGACUGUGAGGACAACUCAGAUGAAACAGACUGCCCCACCAAGGGUCCUGGCGACAGGUGUGCCCCUGAGCAGUUUGAAUGCCUCAGCGAUCGCUCCUGCAUCCCUGCCAGUUACCAGUGUGAUGAAGAGCCGGACUGCCCUGACCGCUCCGAUGAGUACGGCUGCACCCCCCCCUCUGUGACAAGCCCACCGGAAGAGUCCGUCCAGGCAGCUCGGGGAGGGACAGUGACCUUUACCUGUCAAGCGGUCGGAGUGCCAACACCCAUCAUCACCUGGAGACUCAACUGGGGACACAUUCCCGUCAGCGGCAGGAUCUCCAUGACCAGCGAGAACGGCCGCGGCACCCUCACCAUUCGUGACGUCAAGGAGGCGGAUCAGGGGGCCUACACGUGCGAGGCCAUCAAUGCCAAAGGCCUGGUGUUUGGUAUCCCUGACGGAGUGCUUACACUCACAUCAAAUUCCAACCCAGGCAACUGUCCCAGUGGUCACUUCAGUGUGGAGGGCCGCUGUGUGUCCUGCUUCUGCGCCGGAAUCACCAAGAACUGCAAGAGCACCGGCCGCUACCGCAACCGGAUCAGCCUGCGUUUCACUGUGGAGGAAGAUUUGAAAGGAGUGAAUGUCACUUAUCCAUCCAGGCCAGGCACUCCUCCUCUCUCCUCCACUCAGCUCCUCAUCAACCCUGAAAUGGAAGAGUUCCAGCUCGUCGACCUGUCACGUCGUUUCCUCAACCUCGACUCCUUCUGGACUUUGCCUCGCCAGUUUCUGGGCAACAAGAUCGACUCCUAUGGGGGAUCCCUGAAGUACAAGGUGCGGUACACUUUGGCCCGCGGUCUGUCUGAGCCCGUGGAGAAGCCAGAUGUGGUCCUGGUUGGAAACGAACGCAGGCUUGUGUACCGCAGAGGCAGCGCCACACCUGCCCGAGAGGUCAACCAGAAAGAGAUCAAAUUCACUGAAGAUAAAUGGCAGCACUCCAAUGGUCGUUCUGUGAGUCGGGAGGAUCUGAUGAUGACGCUGGCCAACCUGGACAGCAUCAGCAUUCGCACCAUCUACGACAACCACAUGGUCAGCGUGGCGCUCAGCGACAUCGUCAUGGAUACCACCACCGUGGAGUUCAGCACUCUGGGUCACGCUAAGGAUGUGGAGGAGUGCAGAUGUCCCCCUGGAUAUACGGGCCUGUCCUGUGAGGUGUGUUCCUCUGGUUUCGAGCGCGUCCCCAGCGGCUCUUAUCUCGGCACCUGUGCUGGAUGCAACUGUAACGGACACGCCAGCGCCUGUGACCCAAUCAACGGACACUGUCUGAGCUGCCAGCACAACACAGAGGGCCCUCAGUGUGACAAGUGCCGCCCCGGAUACUUUGGUGACCCGAGCCGAGGUCGCCCCGAUGACUGCAAGCCCUGCCCCUGCCCGUACUAUGAGACCUCACGGCGGUUCUCUGACACCUGCUUCCUGGAUGUCGACCAACAGCCGACGUGUGACGCCUGCAGGCCCGGCUACACAGGAAGGCGCUGUGAUAAAUGUGCCUCUGGUUACCACGGUAACCCCCUUCUUCCGAAUGGAAAAUGCGUCCCUAACCAAAGCUCCAAGUGUGAUAGCAGAGGAACCAUCAGCUCCAGCAGCAGGCCGUGCAGCUGCAAGAACAACGUGGCAGGCGCUGUGUGUGACGAGUGUAAGCCAGGGUUCUUCCACCUAUCGGAGGCCAACUCCGAGGGCUGCCUACGCUGCUUCUGCAUGGGCGUCACCAAACAGUGCGCCAGCUCCACUUGGAAUAGAGAUCAGGUGCGGGGAGGAGUGAACGGGCAGCUCUUCUCCCUCUCCAACAGCGGCAACACUAAAACUAUCUCUGAAGGCAUCUCCCAGCAGGGCUUCUCUGAAGUCGUCUACCGCUCCUUCUCCAGCAUCCCCAGCGACGUCUACUACUGGGUGCUUCCUGAGAGCUUCAGAGGAGAUAAGGUGACGGCCUAUGGCGGAGAGCUUCGCUACACGGUGCGCUUUUCCCCAUAUCAGCGUUCACUGGGGAUUGACGGUCAGCCGGAUGUGGUUCUCCAGGGCAACGGAAUCUUCCUGGAGCACUACUCCCAGAUCAAGCCCCUCCCACGCGUCCCACAGGCCAUCACUUUGACCUUUAGAGAGUCUGCCUGGCGUCGCGCUGAUGGGCAGCCAUGUACUCGUGAGCACCUCCUGAUGGCGCUGGCUGACGUUAGCCUCUUUAUGAUCAGGGCCUCCUACACAGACAACAUGGACGAGAGCAGUAUCUCAGACAUCAAGAUGGACAUCGCUGUUCCUCACUCCACUGGUAAUGAACGAGCUCUGGAGGUAGAGGAGUGCGCCUGCCCUCAGGGAUACCAAGGACCCUCCUGCCAGGAGUGUGAUGAAGGAUACACGCGGACCAGCUCCGGCCUUUACCUGGGCACAUGUGAGAGGUGCGACUGCAACGGUCACGCCAGUGGCUGUGACCCAGAGACUGGCAGUUGUCUGCAAUGUCUCCAUAACACUGCCGGGCAAAGGUGUGAACGCUGUCAGCCUGGUUUCUAUGGAAACCCUGUUAGAGGCGGUGCUCAGGCCUGCCAGCCCUGCCCCUGCCCUGGAACCACAUCCAGCAACCAAUUCUCCCCAACCUGUUACCUGGAGUCUGACGGUCAGCCGACCUGUGACAGCUGCCCUCCCGGAUACACUGGCCGACGCUGUGAAAGAUGUGCAGCAGGAUACACUGGCAACCCCCAGCUUGGACAGAGAUGUACUGUUGGCAACAACGAAGUCAAUGGUAACUGCUAUAACUGUGACCAAAGAGGACAGGAAAGCUGCAUUAAUGGCGUGUGCCGCUGCAAGAUGAACACUGAAAGUCCGUCGUGCUCCACCUGCAAGACCGGAACCUUCCAUCUCAGCCAGGAAAACAAAGACGGCUGCCUGUCCUGUUUCUGCAUGGGCGUCACUCAGCAGUGCUCCAGCUCCACAUUCUACAGAGACCUGGUGUCCUCAGUUUUCGCUCCAGGGAACUUCCAGGGCUUUGCUCUGGUGAACCGUCAGCGCACCAGCCGCAUCUCUACCGGCUUCACCGUGGAGGUUUCCACUGAAGGCACUCAGCUGUCCUACUCCAACUUUGACUACCUGGGACAGGAGCCUCACUACUGGCAGCUUCCAGGGGUCUACCAGGGAGACAAGAAAGAUUCGUUCUUUUCUCGAACAAAACGAGCGGAACAGGGUGAUGUCAGACAGCUGGAUGAUGAGGUCUGGGCGCUCUUCUCUAACUUCUCCAAUGGACGAGCGGGUUCCCCUCCAUUCUUUCCCUCCUCCUUCUCUAAAUCCUCCUCCUCCUCCUCCUCCUCUUCCUCCUCCUCUUCUUCUUCUCGGGUCCCAACUUCCUCCUCCUCCUCCUCCUCUUCAUCCUCUCGAUGGUUGUUGCGUAACCUGAGCCCCCCUUCUCCUCCGUCUGGUAUCUCCUCUUCAGUUAGGCCAACCAGACCCCAGCCCUAUUCCCCAGGCUUCGCUCCUCACCUGCAGAGCAAGAACAGAGUGAGCAAGACUUCUGCUAGUGCUUCUACGGACAGCCGCAAGUACGCUCUGGUCUACAAAGGUUUCAGCUUGCACCAGGAUGAUCUGCUCUACUGGCAGCUCCCAGCGCAGUUCACGGGGGACAAGGUCGGUUCGUACGGUGGUAAACUCAAAUACACCAUCUCCUAUGUGGCCGGGCCAAGAGGAACACUGCUUGAUGAUGCCGACGUCCAGAUUAUUGGUAACGACAUCACUCUGGUGGCUCGUCAGCCCUGGCAGAGGAGGCAGCAGGGCAACAGAGAGACUAACCGGUUUGAGAUUGUCUUCAGAGAGGAAAACUGGAGUCGUCCUGAUGGCAUGCCAGCAACCCGCGAGCACCUGAUGAUGGUUUUGGCUGAUCUGGAUGACGUCCUCAUACGAGCGUCAUACUCCACUGAGAUGCUAUCCUCCAGCAUCUCUGAGAUCAACAUGGAAGUGGCUGUGCCCAACUACAGCGGCUUGGCACAGGCCCUCGAGGUAGAGCAGUGUCGCUGCCCACCUGGAUACCAGGGACUGUCUUGCCAGGACUGUGGCCCUGGAUAUACUCGCACUGGAGGAGGUUUGUACCUGGGUCACUGUGAGCUGUGUGAAUGUAACGGCCACUCUGACUCCUGCCACCCAGAGACCGGCAUCUGCACGAGCUGCCUGCACAACACUCAGGGUGAGCUCUGUGAGCAGUGCGCCCCUGGCUUCUUCGGCGACCCCACUGUUGGCACACCGGAGGACUGCCAGCACUGCGCCUGCCCUCACACUGACCCCGACAACCAGUUCUCUCCGACCUGCGAGAGCCUUGGAAACGGAGGCUACCAGUGCACCGCCUGUCAGCCGGGCUACACCGGCCAGUACUGUGAGCGCUGUGCUCCUGGAUAUGUUGGAAACCCACAGGAGAGACAGAAGUGUCGCCCGUACGAUGCUGCAGCUUCUCUGGUGGUGAAGGUUUAUCCAGAGAAGGUCCUGGCUUCCCAUGGAGGCCCCGUCACUCUCAGGUGUCAGGUGUCCGGCUCGCCUCCUCACUACUUCUACUGGUCCAGAGAGGAUGGACGGUCCAUAUCCAGCAGCGUUGACAGACGCAGACAAGGAGCAGAGCUGUACUUCCCCAACGUCCAGCCGAGCGACGCCGGCAUCUACGUCUGUACCUGCCGAGACCAGCGCAGCACCAACAGGAGCCGCGCUGAAAUCGUUGUCACAAGCGUCCCAUCCAAAGCCAUUGAGGUGACGAUUGAGGAGCCCAAAACUCAGACUAUCAGGGUGGGGUCGACCGUCAGCUUCAUCUGCACAGCAAAGAGCAAGUCACCAGCCUACACCCUGGUGUGGACCCGCAUGGGCAACGGGAAGCUCCCCAACCGGGCCAUGGACUUCAACGGCAUCCUGACGAUUCAGAACGUCCAGCCCGAGGACGCCGGCGUCUACGUGUGCACGGGCUCCAACAUGUUUGCCAUGGACGAGGGCAACGCAGUCCUCUACGUGCCAGAGGCCUCACAGACUCAGAUGUUUUACACAGCCUAUGAAAUGUUUGAAGGACACAGAAAGUCCGGAGAGGGGGCCCAGCCUGUGGCCACCGUUACUCCCUCGGUGCUGAACGUCCAGCAGGGCCAGCGGGCGGAGUUCCGCUGCACGGUGACCGGAAACCCAACCCCUGCCGUCGAGUGGAUCGGACGUCCAGGGAGCAGAAUGAGUCCCAAAGCGGUGAUACGAGGUGGAGUUCUGACCUUCACAGCAGUGGACCCGGCCGACGAGGGAGAAUACACCUGCAAGGCCCUGAACACACACGGAGAACACACAGCGCGGGUUUCCCUCUUAGUGCAAAAGUCCAACCCGACCGGCCUCGGCACCCAGCCCCAGGUCCAGGUCAGCCCCCAAAAUAUCCAAGUCCACGAGGGCGACACCCUGAGGUUGUACUGCCGCGCGUCCGGGUCGCCCACGCCGAAACUCACCUGGCUGAAAAACGGAGGACAGAUCCCUCCACAGGCCAUUCCCUCUCACGGUUUCCAUCAGUUUAAAAGCAACAGUCUCGAUGUGUUACAGAGACGUAUUGAGGAGCUGCAGGCCCGAAUGGACCGCACCGACAUCGGCACGCUGCUCAUCCCCAACAUCAAGAUGUCCGACUCUGGCACUUACAUGUGCGUCGGCAGCAACAGCAUCGGCUCAAACAGUUCUCCCAUUAAAGUCUCGGUGCUCAAAGCGGACCACAUCUCGUCUGCGGUCAGCAUCCAGCCAUCGAUAGCCGACGUGCAGGAGGGUCAGAGUCUGGAGCUCAACUGUCUGGCUCCUGGAAAUCCUCCUCCACAGGUCUCCUGGACGAGAGCGAGCGGACGCCUCUCCUCCAACCACCAGGUUCUGGGCAGUCAGCUGCGGAUCCUGUCGGCCUCUCCGGAGGAUUCAGGGGACUAUAUCUGUCGGGUGCAGAGCAUCACUGGAAACCCAGGAUCUCGCGUCCACCAGGCCUCGGUCUCUGUGUCCGUCACCUCAUCGUCUUCACGUCUGCAGAGUCCAAUCAUCGCCAUCGAGCCUCACAGUGCUGCAGUGCGUGUCGGGGAGUCGGCCAGCUUCAGGUGCAGGGUGUACAGCGGGGCCCAGCCUGUCAGACUGGAGUGGAAGCUGGCCAAUAACCAGCCGCUGCCAGGUAAAGUGUUGAAUACUGAUUUGCGUCACUACCUCAGCCUGCAGUUUCAGAAGGGCUCCCUGGACCACAAGCUCCAGCAGGUGAUCAGGGACAACCUGUACCUGCGCACCAUCCCCUGUACCACUCGGCAGCCCAGAGAGGGGGAGGUUCCUGGUGUGGACUACAAUUUCAUCAGUGUGGGGGAGUUCCGUGAGCUGGAGGAGAGUGGACUGCUGCUGGAGAGCGGCACCUACGAUGGAAACUUCUACGGGACCCCGAAGCCCCCUGCGGAGCCCAGCCCCGUGCAGCCGGACCUGGUGGACCAGGUUCUGUUCGACGAGGAGUUCGACACGGAGGUCCAGCGAAAACGCACAACCUCCGUCAGCAAGAUGGACAGAAAGGACAGCGCGGCUCCAGAGGAGGAAGAGGAAGAAGAGAGGUCUCCUGUGGUCAACGGCCUGGCUGGAUAAGCUGCUCCGCAUGCGAGUUCAGCACUAAAUCACGACCCGGCAAAGUCAAGACACAGCCAAAG